AUGUUCUCGCCGUCGCUCAACAACGAGGGCGGGCCAGCGAUGGCCACGCGGAGCAGACGGCGACAGCGGCCGCUCUCCUCCGACAGUCUGGUCCAGCAGCCCAAGGCCAAACGCCAGCGGGUCCCGUUGACCGAACAGACUUUCGUUAAUCCAGAUGUCCAACCCGAGAUGCACGAGGUCAAAUCCGACAGGAUCGCCAAGCUGGGCAUUCGUCCGGAUGGAAUCGAAAACGCAACACCAGCUCCCCCACCGCCGCCCACCGUCAGGAAAGAACUCAGUGUCAGGUCAAAGAAGCCCAAGCCUGGCGAGAGGAUGAGCAAAGGAGACGGGAGCGUAGUUCUGACAAGCAACAAUACCUACACCGUCAACAAGCUUCCUGCACUCCCGGAUAGGAUCCGCGCAGAUUCAGCAGUCUACGCUUCCAACGGCUAUGCCCUCUCGCUCUCCCACACCCAUGCACUCGUAUGGCCGUACACCGCUAUCACGCCGUCUCCCGAGACCUUUGUCUUUACCCUGCCAUACCCUUCAAAACAUUCUUCCGAGCCUCUACCUCUAGGAGCCCUUGUAUCCCCGUCAGCAGCGAGCGAUGAACCGGGACUGGUUGUUGUCAUGCCUGUUAGCGGCAGGAUCACAUUUUGGGAGUACAUCUCAAGCGCCGCUACCCUCGAUUUUCUUCGUCAGCAAAGAAACGGUGUUGAGGACACAAUACCAGGAAUGUGGAGUGGAGAACGUGCAGUGCAGAUGACAAGCGCUGAGCCCGCAGGGUUCAUACUCGCCUUUAAUAGUGGUCGAGUAGCUCACCUGAGUGUAAGGGAUGGUCAAGGCAAACCGGCCAUCUCUGUUCAAUUUCUUCGAGGUUCUCUCGCCCGACCCAACGGUGGAGGUAUUUUUGGGAGCAUUCGAAAUGCUCUCAAGCAGGCUGUUCAUCCUGGAGACCUCGCUACUGUUAGAGCUGAUCGAUCAACCAAAGCAGGCCCAAAGGAUGUGGUGGCAGCUACCUCCAGCGGUAUGUUGCGUGCGUGGAGAGUUCAUCGGGGCGGACAUCACGAGAACCUAAUUAGUAUCGACGCUCGCGACACGAUCCUACACUCUCUGAAAGAGGCAGAUCCCUCAUUAGCAAACUGCGGGGCUGACAUGCUCGAAGUUCUCGACUUGACAUUUAUCCCACGAGGCAUCGAGAAGAGGUAUACAGAUGUUAGCCAGUUGAGCGAGGCUAUCUCAGUAGACGACGAUACGAUUCAACACGUGUUACUUCUUGUUUCCGUUAGCAACAGAAUUCGACGACAGUCACACUAUGCUCUUGUCGAGAUUAUCCUUCGCGCCGAAACUAUCGAUGUCGGCAUGAUCAGGAGCAUCUCCUCAUAUUCCGGGCUUGUGAAUGCUACGGCAUUAGAGCGACCACAUCUAUACCUUCCCCGACCAGGUCUGGUCGCAUUCGUCGUCUUUGACCGCGCAGUUGCAGUCGUCUCCAUCGCUCGGGCUCCUGAUUCCCCUGACUCGCAACUCCAGGAAGACAAUCAUACACUCCCAGCGACAUUUGAGGAUGUGAUAGAUCUCCGUGAUGAUGAUGCUGCUGAGAUCGUUGGCUCGGGCAUGGAAGAGCCGCAAGGAUAUGGUCAGGAGCUUGAAUCUUCGAGAUCUCACCGAGCCAAAACCAAGAAUCCAACAGCACUUCUUAUGAUCAAGGGCGUUGGUAUUGUUCGGGUUGCUAUCACGGAUAUCGAUCGAUUUGCUAGCGACAAGCCGCCUCAACUCACCGCAAAGAGCAAGCUAGAGCAAGCUGUCUUCUUCGGCCUGAAGGACAACACUCCUCUUCUAUUCGAAGGUCGCAGGGAGCUCCCAUUUACCACCCGAGAGAUUGAGGAGGCUGCGCUUGAUCUAUCUAAGGACAUACUCGCAUCCUCAAGUCCCUAUCUCCCUGCUCUGCCUGCGUCUCUUGAAUACAACUUGCGACAGCGAGUAAUGUUCCUAGACAGACUGAUGUCACAUCUCAAUGCUCUCAAAAUCAAGCUCAGUCGGCGCGCUCGCUGGGGCCUUCUCUGGAACGCCGAGAAGAUGUCCAUGGCAGCAAGCAUCUGGAGACAACACGAGUCCUUUAUCGCUGAUAGAUUGGAUAAUGACCGCAAGAGUGUUGUCUCAGAGAUAGUCGAAUACAUCCACGAGGACGAGAAGGUGAACCCGAAUGCCGCAGUUGGCGAAAUCGACCGCGUCCGGCAUUGGUUUAUUCACGAUGUCUGGCGGUUGGAAAUCUUCAUCCCCUGGGGAUACCAGAUGAUCAAGGUGCUCCACAAGGAGAGCCUUGCAGAUGAUCGUGCCAUCACGCGAUUUCUAUUCGAAGCUGUCCAGGUGAUCUAUGAGACUCUUCAUGGCGCUUUAGAGUAUCGUGUGAAGAAGCUUCCCUUCUAUGGACUUGGGAACGAGGACAUGGAACAGGGAAUACUAGUUAGUGGCUACGAGGGGUUGCCAGAACCAUGGACAUCCACCUUCUUCAUCACGAACAACCUCAAACGCCUAGUCGAGCUGUGUUAUAUCUGGCUGGACCAAUACUAUCCCCCUCAGGUAGGGUCAUCCCUCCCGGAUCCUGGCCUAAUCGAGAGCAUUCGCGAGAGCCUACCGAAUGUGACCGAUCAGUAUCUGGUUGCGCUCCAGGAACAUUCUCGCUGGGCGACUAUCAGUGAUGAUCCGAAGGUACUCCGGGUUGGUGAUAUAUGCGCCAAGCUAUACCUCCAGGACCGCCAUGAUAAAAUUCUCAAGCUAAAAGACUACAACCUUGGGGAUGAUGCGAUUGCUGUUGCUGAACAGCAUCAUUCUCUCUCGGCGAUGGCAGAGCUAAUUGUGCAGCCAAUUCUUGCAGUACAGAUCGAACUUGAAAGUAGGCCAACAAGAAUAAGAGUCACAGAACUGCAGCAACUGCUUCCAAACUUGACAGAUCGCUUGACGCAAUAUGUCAAGCAGUAUGGAAAGGGAUUUGCCUUCCCGGCGUAUGAGCUCUUGCUUCGUGACGGCGGCGUACAGAUGGUUCUAGACUACUCCGCGAGCGAUCAAGAUGGCUACGCUACUCUAUUUCUGCGCGAAAAGCCGGAGCUUGCCAAGAUUUCCUGGAUCAAUGAUGUCGAGAGGGAGCAAGAUAUCGACCAUGCUGCGAAAACCCUUCUUGAUAUCGGGCUGACACGUGAGCAACAAGUCUGGAACAAGAAGAUUGAGCUAAGCCUGGGCAAACUGGCUCUCAUGGCCGAAGGAGCUGGUGACGACUCCACCGAAGCGAAGUCGAAGGACCUCACGGAUGGCGCUGCAAGAGACGAGAAACUCAUCAGAGUUCAGCGCGAGCUCGACGUCAUCGAUAUUCAGGACCAGCUCUACGGAUUCAUCUUCCCAUCAAUCAGUAAUGCUGUCGAUGAGGCUGCCGAGUUGAUGCUUGCCGUGCAAACUCAUGAUAAGAUCCCGAAGAAGCACAAGGCCCUGCAUCAACUGAUUGAGAACAGCCUCAGCAGACUCCUCAAACAUGAGGCUUUAGAUCCAUUCGCGCUCAUCGAUCUCCUGACUCUGCUAGAGCUAGGUGAUGGUGAUCCGUCUGAUACGGAGUCUGACCAAUUCUUCCUCGCUCUUCGCGUCGCCCAUUGCAGCCUGAAGGGAGAUGAGCUCAUAGAUGCACAGCGACUAAUCUGGAGGCGAUGUUUCACGCGGAACGAUUGGUCGAAGAUCAACAACACAGAGAGCCAAGGUGACCUCGCCGUCCUCCGAGCUCUUGAAGUUACACGUGCGUACCAUACGAUGUACGCUUGCUUUGUUUUGGAACGACUUUCUGGAGAUAAUAUCAGCUUCAUUUUGAGGCCAUCCGACGCAGUCGGAGUUUACACUGAUCGGCUUGAUCGUCGAUUCAACGAAAUGGAGGAGAAUUUCCGCGAGAAGCUUCUUGAUGCGAUGCAGUGGGAGGAUUCUGUCCUUCGAAAGUAUGUGGAGAAGAGUCAACUGGACAAGUGGGCUCAAGGCACGCGUGAGGCAGCCUUCAACAUUGUUAAUCGACAUUUCGAUAAGCUCACAGCCGACGGCGCCGAGGACCGAGUCGUCAAUGGAAAUGGCAAGAAGGCAAAUGGGUUGUCGCUCACAAACGGCAACGCAUGA